GAAGAGGAGGAGGAGGAAGAGGAGGAGGAGGAAGAGGAGGAGGAGGAAGAGGAGGAGGAGGAAGCU